UCCUCGGCUCGAGCCGUCUACGACGCCAAAUCUGUGGCAAGAGUUAGUCGUGCGAUCGCGGCCGUGGAGAGAGCGAAAGUCGAGGUAACUAACGAGAAAUUCGCGGUAGGAAGUUCCUUCGACGCUAGGGUUUUUUGUGGGAGAAGCAGCGCAAGGCAGCCCGUGAUCUUGGGAUUCAGGUUCUGUUUCUGAUUUCGGGGGCAUUUAUAAGGCGCUAUUUCUCGGUUUAUUUCGCCCCCUCCGAAAUAUGGCUCCAGCCUUUCGUUCCUCUCCGGUUUAGGGUUUUAAUUUCUGCGGCGAGGCGCAAGUGGAAAUCGGAUUUGUUUUCGUCCGCAGUGUUGAUUCCUUCGUAUUGGUUGAUAGUUGAAGAAAACGGUUCUUGCUAGGAAGAAAGGUUCGGGUAGGGUUUGUUUGUUGCUUACACUAUUCUUAUGGUUCCUUCUGUCGGUUAGUGGUUUACAUUGAAUGCUAAUGUUGGAUGCGUGGUUGAUGGGGGAGCUGGUUAGAAGUUUAGGAUUUUCGUGAUUAUCUGUAAGGGAUUUUGAGAUUGGCAUCUAGAUUCUUGCGAGUUACUCAGAUCCCGAUUAGAAAGCUGGUUAAUUUUGUGUCUUGAUGCAUGUGCUGCAGGGCGCAUCUCUACCUAUUUUUUGAAGGCUGAAGGCAUUUAUUUUUUCAGCGUGGGAAUAUUACAGGAAUUAUUUUUAAGAAAUUUACAGUAUUGUUUAGCUUUUGCGGGUUGAAGACUUGUUGUUAGCAUUGGAGGAGGUUUAUUGUUGCAGUAAUCCUGGAGUGGCUGAAUUGUGAAUAGGGAUUUGUAUAAUAUCUUAAUGACUCAGACUGUUGCCAAAGAGUGCUCUUGGUCCCGGAGUAAGGUGUCGAAGAAGGAUUCUGGAGAUCUUUCACUAACAUUGAUGGAAAAAGCGCAUAAGUUUCCUAGAGGGUACACUUCAGGGUUUGUCCCGGACUACAGGCAUGCAGUAGAGGCUGUUGGUGAAUCUGAAGGAUUUACUGGCCUUGGGCAAGUUGGAUCCGAAGACCCUUGCACGCCAAAGAGAAGGUGUAUAAGCUUGAAUGCAGACAGGUGCGAUGGUUUCUUCGUUCCCAUGCAAGUUAUCGCACUGUCAAAUAUGUCAAGCACUGAACGAAAGGAUUUGGAAAUAAGGCUUAGGAGGGAGCUUGAGCAGGUUCAAAAAUUUCAGAAGAAAAUACUUUCAAGCACCGCAUUAAUGUCAAAUGGAGCUUCAGUUUCUUCAUCCUGUGACCCACUUGUGAAGAAGCAUGAUCUUGCGAUUCAGAAUGCUUCCCAGUUGAAACGUAGUGCAACUGGUAGGUUUGAGUCUACUACUAAGCAAGUGAAGCACUUCUCGAACGUAGUACCAACAUCCGUUACUGUAUUGAUGAAGCAAUGUGAAGCACUUCUCAAACGCCUGUUGGGACAUCAGUAUGCUUGGGUUUUUAAUAAACCUGUUGAUGUGGUGAAGUUGAAUAUUCCAGAUUAUUUCACUGUUAUCAAACGACCCAUGGAUCUUGGGACUAUUCAAUCCAAUUUAGCGUCAGGUUUCUACACCGCUCCUAUGGAGUUUGCAUCUGAUGUGAGGCUUACAUUCUCCAAUGCAACUACGUACAAUCCACCUGGUAAUGAUGUGCAUUUCAUGGCUGAUGCCAUGAGCAAGUUCUUUGAAAUGAGAUGGAAGCCUAUUGAGAAGAAGCUGGUUGCUGCUGAUGGUGCUAUAAAAAGAGAAACAGUAACUACCAAGCCAGUGCAACAAUCUAAGAAGAGGAAAAUUCAUCAGGAGGGCCAUAACACUGUUGUGCUAGAUAGUAAGGUACAAAUGACAGAUGAAGAGAAACUGAGUCUAAGUAGGCGUUUAUCUUUGAUUCCUGAGCUACCACAACACAUCGUUGAUUUCCUGAAGCGGCAUACUGACAAUGCAAAUGAGAGUGCAGAGGAUGAAAUAGAAAUUGAUUUUGAUUCUCUUAGCUCUGACACCUUAUUUGAAUUGAAGAAACUAUUGGAUGACUACUCAAAACAAAAUCAUUCAGAAAAUCAAGCAAAAACCGAGCCUUGUGAAGUGGAGAUUCUGAAUGAAUCUGGACUCAGCAAUUCCUCAAUGCAUCCUUGCAAAGGAAAUGAACCCGUAGAUGAGGAUGAGGACGUUGAUAUUGGUGGUAAUGAUCCUCCCACGACAAGCUACUUUCCUGUUGACGGAGUUAAUAAUGCAGCCCCAAGAAGUAACAGGGGUAGUAGUUCAAGUAGUUCCAGCAGCGAAUCUGGAUCAUCUUCCAGUGACUCGGACUCAGGUAGUACUUCUCGAAGUCGAUCAAAUAUUAAUGCUUCUAGCUCUCCAAAUUCGACCAAGGGAAAGGGCCCUCAGAUAGCUCCAAGCCCAGGAAAAGGGCAUGUAAGUGCUGUGCAACGUGAACAGGGUGGUACCCGUCUUAAAAAUGAAUUUGCCAAGUCUACUAUUAGUCAAGAGGGGGAGAAUGCUCCAUCUGAGAGGCAGGUCUCCCCAGACAAGCUCUACCGUGCAGCUUUAUUGAGGAGUCGCUUUGCCGAUACAAUCCUUAAAGCUCGCGAGAAGACCCUUGACCAGGGUGAAAAGAAGGAUCCUGAAAAAUUGAGAAGGGAGAGAGAGGAACUCGAGAGGCAACAGCGUGAGGAGAGAGCAAGGCUGCAAGCAGAAGCCAAGGCUGCCGAGGAUGCUCGCAGGCGAGCUGAGGAAGAAGCCGCUGCCGAAGCAAAACGGAAGCGAGAACUGGAGAGAGAGGCUGCACGCCAAGCUCUGUUGCAGAUGGAGAAGACGGUGGAGAUCAAUGAAGGAAACUUAUUUUUGAAAGAUCUGGAAAUGCUUAGAACUGCUCCUGGGAAACACUUACCUGGCUCCGCUAAUGAGGGGAUUCCCGAUCUCUCCACUGAGGGCAUAGAUGAUUUUAAGCUUGGCGGAAGUAAUCCCUUGGAGCAGCUCGGUCUGUACAUGAAAGCUGAUGACGACGAGGAAGAAGAAUGUGACGAGCCAAGUAGUAUGCCUGAUGUCGAAGAAGGAGAAAUUGACUGAAUCCAAAUCUCUGGAUUCGAUAGUCAUCGGUAUUUGUCUGGCCUGAUCAAUUGUGGCUUGGUGAUUUCGAAGGAAUGGAUAUUUAAUUGCUCUCAGGGAUGUUGAAUCAUAUAGGAGACGUGAUGGCUUACAUUUGAAAGCUCUAAAAAGGUUUUCUGUAGUGUUUUCAUGUAUUGCCUGCUUUUGUUGGAGUUGUACAAAGACAAAUAAAAAACAAUUUCAAAGCUUAUUCCUUUCAUUCUUAUUCACUAUAACUGGUUUAGCCUCAGCUUACCUACUUACAUUUUUGAAUUAUAUAUCUAGUUUCUGAAA